ACAAAUUCCUCCAAAUAUGUGAGUGUGUGUAUACGUGGGUGACCAAGUGUUUGUGGGCAUGUUUGAGUAAGAAGACUUGCAUAGUCUCAGCAAAUUAAAGGACUCUUACUUGUGUGUAUCUUUGUCUCAAUUCUCAGUUCUUAUUUAUGAUAGAGGUCAAAGGAACAAGCUCAAACACGGUGCGGCGAACAUAUAAAUAGAGAAGCAUUCCAGCUGGCAUGGGCUCCAAGUUUGUGCAAAACCUAUUAUCCAUGUUAUCCAAGCAUGACUGUUUGCAUAGUUACAGGUACGUACAUGCAUACUGUAUGUAUACUGUAUGCAUAUGUGAUUGACAGCCCAACACUGACAAUGAUCCCCUUGGCAUUCGAGGAUCCCUUAUGAAACUCGAAGAUUCGCUGCCACCCCUCAUCGUUUUCAUCGCACAAAACGGAAACUAACUUGAAAAUGCUUUUGUUUUGAGGGAGAGAGCAACAUGAAAGAGAAAAUGACGGCACCCACCACGCACAUCCUCCCAGGAGCUGUACGGCUAUGCCCAGCCUCCUACCCAAAAUAGCUCAAAAAGUGAGACAGAUGGGAGGUUGUUGAUGUGGCCCUCUUAUCUAAACAUCCAGUUUUGAUUACACUUCGUUUUGAAGGUUUUCUUACAGUGGUGCUAUGCACAUUUUUAGUGCUAUCUAAAGGCUACAAAUAGAUUGUUAGUUUGGGGGUUUUAAGAUUUUACUGAAAGGCAAGAACCUUUUUUGCAUUGCGAGUGCUGAAAGGAUGAGAGAUGAUGCUCGAAAAUGAUUUUGCUGUCCAACGUGGAUGUCAGUCUGAUGCAGUGUCUUGAGUGGGCUUUGGGGGGAUUUUGUCACCUAGUGAGGGUGGGUGCGUGAGUGAAAGCCUGAGGCAUUGACGUAGUGUCAUUGUGAUGCAAUGCAUAGUCAACACUAUCUAAAAAGACUUGAAAGGCAUACUUGCACGUGACUUUUUCGCUGUAUUUCAUGCAUGCAUACCGAAAUAAAAAACGCCACUAAACGUUUUGUGGAGCUUGGCACAGUUAGCCACAAAACACCUUUUGUUACCCCUGAAGAAAGUUAGUCGAAGCGUUUGGAGAGCGAAUAAACAUUUUCAGUGAAAAAAAAACGAAGGUUGUGCGGUUUGUUUAUAAAAAGGCAGCGAACAACCAAUUAAUAUUUCUCAAUAUGUCAUGGAUGUGCGUAUCGGUUCAGGUCUCCCCGAGCAGCAUCACCGCCCGCGCGCGCGCGCUCUCGCGCACUCGGUAUUCCGUCCCACGCUCAAUGCGCCCACGCGAGGAUUUGCGUCAAACCGGUGCGUGGGAUUCAGAGAGCAAUGCAGCUUACAUCGGAAUAUCCCAUCAGACGAGAGAGAGAGAGAGAGAGAGACUGCAACGAUGAACGUUCGACGGACUUUCUCUCCAGCGCGAGAGGCUGAGCGCAGCCCGGACACAACAGCGAGCACCGGGAGCAGUCGCGCGCACCAGCUGCGGAAGAGAGCCAUGUCGGUACUGUUGCCACGUUCUUUGGGUGAGCUACAACUGUACCGGAUCCUUCAGAAGGCCAACCUGCUGUGCUACUACGAAGCGUUCAUCCAGCAGGGCGGCGACGAUGUCCAGCAACUCUGUGAGGCCGGCGAGGACGAAUUCCUCGAGAUCAUGGCCCUCGUCGGUAUGGCGACCAAACCCCUCCACGUCCGACGACUCCAAAAAGCUCUACGUGACUGGGUGACCAACCCUUCCCUCUUCAACCAACCCUUAACAUCCCUUCCCGUUUGCAGUAUACCGGUUUAUAAACUCCCCGAAAGCUCACCUGGGGUGCAGAGCAACGGCCAGCAGAACCAGCUGACGGUACCGAGAGCGUUGUUAUCCACAAGCCCAAGUCCAGGAAGACUUGACAUCAGCAGGGACGGUACUCCAGGGUGCUCUCCGCUACAAGGUGCAAGCGAGAGUCGUUUCUGGGGGAGCGAGAGUGAACACAGCCUAUCUCCGUCCGGAGCGUGUUCACCGUGUUCUCCUCACGACGCUCUUGAUAUCCUCGAUGCAGCCGCCGUCCAGUGCGUGACAGAGUGCGUGGAGAGACUAGCCCAAACGUUGCCCAAAAAUGACCCCAGUGAGAUCAGAGAGCAAGUCCGGGCCAACAAGAAGCUAAGCAAGAUGAUAGGCCACAUUUGUGAGAUGAGCGAAGAUGACCCCCAGAAGGGAGCGGAGAUUCGGAAGUACAGCGCCAUCUACGGGCGCUUCGAUUCUAAGAGAAGGGACGGGCGACAGCUUACGAUGCACGAGCUUACUGUAAACGAGGCGUCUGCUCAGCUAUGCAUGAAGGAUCUGUCCCUCCUGACCCGAAGGGACGAACUUUUCUCACUAGCUAGGCAGAUUUCACGCGAGGUCACCUACAAAUACACCCGCAGGAGCAACAGGUCUAACUGUGGCGAAGAAGAGGAACCGUCUUCCAAGAGAAUCAAAUCCGAAGAUGGCAUCUACGAUCUGCAGGAGGCCCUGCAUGUUCUUCACACGCGACAGGAGACGGUGAGAGAGCAGCUCGCGAUGGCCAAAUCUAAAGGGGAGGAAUCGAUCCGACACAGUCUGCAGGUUCAGCUUGAUUCUCUGUUGGCCAAGCAGGUGGAGCUAUUGCGGGACGCCGCCAUCCAGGAGAGACUGAAAUCUUUGGACUGGCGGAUUCCGACGGCGGCUCUGAAAUACCUCACUCCCACACCUCAACACUGCAACAAUGGACUCUCGCAAGUCUCUGGCGAAAGACCCUUAAACCUCCGUUUGACUGACGUUCCGCUGGGCAGGCAGUUGGCCAAUGAGCUGAAGCGGCAUCACAAACAGAUCACGGAGGAAAGACACAACCAACAGACCUCAGACGAGAGAAAAACAGCGACCACAGAAAAUGGCUCUUCUCAAAAAGAUUCCUGCUUGUUGGACAAGAAGACCAUCAAAUCCGAACCAGAUGACUCCAGAUAACAUCUUCGACCUCUCAAUAAAACCCCUGUUUUGAUUUCUCAGUGGAUAUUUAGUGUUCACACUGUGUGGCCUUACAAAAUGUAGAUGCCUAGAGAUUUAUUUUCAUUUUUUUUAAUUACUUUGAAUUUUAGAGACAGUAUGUGCGCAAAUAAAAACCUUAUAGGAGCAUACAUGUGACUGUUUCAUUGUGUACAUAAUCUACGGUUUAUUUUAUUGCAUGUUUUAUAAGUAUUUUUAUUUAAGCUAUCAAAGGAAGCACUCUGCGACUGAAGCACAACCUGAAGUUUCGUAGUAAACGGGUCUGUAGAUUUGUUAUAUGUUAAGAUGUAUUGUGACUCUCCAUUUGUAAUCGAUGACAUUCAUCUGUUCGUAUUGAUCUGUCAGUGUGGAUGUGAUCUCACUUAUACUGAAUAUGUAGAGAUAGCUUUGCCGACAUAUUGUGCACUUUAGUACUUAAAAAAGUGUAUCGUGUAUACGUACAUUCGGUGACCAGCUUUAGCCUCUAUUAACAUAAAAAAAUAGUGUAUCUUGCUGUCAUAAGAUGUUAAGUGUUUCGAUGUGACCGCAGUUAUAAGUUUGUAAAUGUUUUAUCACAUGUUGUCUGAUGUGCAAGUCUGUUGUGUAAGUUUUACUGGUUUUGCUAAACACAUCUGUCACGUUUUUCAAAUUUUUUGUAUGUUGUCUUUGAUAUCGUCGUACAAAUAAAACUGAA